GCCUCGACCUCAACCUGCUCGUACCAUGGAGAAUUUUUUCCAAAAUUUAAAGAGAAGAGUAAGGGAGAGCAUCUUGACAGGAGGAGGUGGAGUUGUCAACGUGGAGAGGGAUAGCAUCUUGACGGGAGGAGGCGGAGGUUCGGACGUUGAGAGAAACCCUAUCUCCUCCCAAGACUUUCUUGAUAAGGACAUGUUUUGUUGUCGACCUAGAGAAGUGAAGUGGAGCCGGUACCGUCCUGGCAUUAAUAUAUUCGCUCUUUUACUUGUUCAUAACCACAAUAAGAAAGAGAAUGCAAAUCUGAAGUUUGUGAAUGUGGUAAAUGCGGAGUUUCGUAGGUGUGGUGCAAUGGGCUAUCACAUUACACUCAAGGCUAAGGAUGGAGAGAACGUGAAUGUCUAUGAUACAGGUAUUUUCGUCGAGGCUUGGAUGGACUGGAAGGAGAUGCUAAUUCUACAUGAGUUGACGCUCAGCCACAACCAAUUGCUAGAUUGAUCAUUUUCAGUUUUCAGAGUCACAAGUUAUUAGUUUCCAUUGAGCUGAACAUGUGUUCUAUUUUUCUUUACUGUUUAGUCUUUUGGGAUUUUUUCUGAAUGUUUUCAUUUAAAUUGAUUUAUUAAUUAGCUCCGCCCCCAAACCAGAGAGAUAUGCUUUAUUUGAUCAAUGUUUGUUUCAUGUUUCUUAACAUUUAAAUUGAGAAAUUAAGAAAUUAUUGAUUAUCAAGUUCAAUAACUUGAGUUAGAUAUUCCUUUUGCAUAAGUAGAUGAGUGGUAUAGAGAGAGAUAUAGAGACUGUUUGGAAGAACUUAAUUAUGAAAACAACUUAAGACAUUGUUUGUAAGCUGUUUUUAACUUAUUUGCUUAAGUACUCUAAGAUAGCUUAUCAA